GCAUCUCGUGAGAUCCCUCGGCGUGAUCGCGCGUGCAGCGGCUCGCGGCAAGUUGGGCCAGUUCGUGUUUGUUCGUUGAAAUCGUGUCUCGGCCGGAGAUGGUUGUGCGUGCCACACAGUGCCCCACAGUGCCACACAGUGUCGUCGUGCGUUAGUGAAUGUGAUUGAUUGGGAGUCAGUCAGUUGUUUGUCGUCGUUUGUGCAGCACCUACACCACAAGGUGUAGUGUGUAAUCGAUUUACAUCGUCCGAUCGAAUGGUCGAGCGAGGCUUUGGACAGGGAAAUUCGAACCUGAUCGCUCACUCAACGGCACGAAGGGACGGAAAAGGGAGUCUGUUGACUGUGUGUGACUGUGUGUGAGCAUGAUAAUGGUAAUGAAAAUAGCAAUAAUGGGCCCUGAUUGAACGAAACGGCGCUGGGAGACUGGAGCAAUUUGGUUGCCUUCUUGGUGGUGGACUUGGUGUACGGGCCCUGGUGGUAUGUUGUGUGUCGUGUUGUUCCGCGUGUGUACCAUUGCGGGAGAAUAGCGCGCGCGUGUGUGUGUGUGUACGUAAUUCUUCUCGAUCGCGCGCGCGGCCACUGCGGUAAGUGAAAAAGCGUGCGAAAGAGCAGAUGAUCGAAAGAGAAGAAAAAGGGCAGUGGAAAGGGCAGGGCAGGGCUGCGAAGGAAAAGGGAGAGAGAGUGAGAGUGUGUUUGUGUUGUGGCUCUGUGUGUAGCAACGUCUGCGGUGGGUUCGAGGAUCGAACAAGUCGAGUUCAAAGCACAUUAUCAGAACUCGUCAUCGUCAUCAUCAUCAUCACCAUCAUCAUCAUCGUGCCGAGAAAGAAGGAGAGAGUGAGAGGCUGUGUUGAACUGCGAAAGACUGUCGAGCGAGAGAGAGAGAAAGAGAACGUGAGCAAGUUGUGAAGGGUGUGCGUGGAACGAAGGGCUGGACGCAAGGGAAACACGAAAAACAGAGCAACAACAGGGCAGCAGCAGGGGACAACAAAGCACAUGCAAACGAGAAACAGACGACAACAGCAGGCAGCAGGCGUUGCGUUGCGCAGUGAGUGAAGGAGAAGACGAUAGAGGGUGCUGGUGGUGUAUUUGUUGUGUUGAUAAUGCGUGCGCGCUAGAGACGUGUAAGUGUGAUCAGGGGGCUGUUGUUGUUGCUCGUCGAAAUAGUUGUUGUUGCGUUAAAAUCGGUACACAGCAGGAAGAAGAAGCGAUUGGCCCAUGGAAGGGACUGAUGAGGGUGAAGAAGAACGACUCGAAACGUCAGAAAGUGUGAGGCUGUGUACGUGUGUGUGUGUGUAGCAAGAGCCAUCGAGAAACGAAAGGGAGAGAGAAAGAGUGAGUGAGAGAGUGAGCAGUUCGAUCGAGUGCCAUGUGAGCAAAGAACGGUGAGUCUGCGUGAGCUCAACACCCCACCACACCGUGCCACCACCAUGCCGCCCUUCCUGGGUACGGAUCGCUGAAGUAGACGGCCCUUCCGACCCAAACACUCCCCCCCAAAAAUGCCCCCGCUCGUAACGAGAGAGAAAGUGUGCGUGCGGGUUAACGCUCACUCGGAGCGCCGGGAUCUGAGCCUUCUUCUCCGGUUCGUGUGACCGUGUGUGUGUGUGUGUGUGGGCACACGCAAUUGCCUAAGAUGAGUUCGACGACGGCCCAAAGACCCUAAGAAGCGGAUGCGAGACGCCACCCAAUAGGCCACCACGUCUGUCCCCGCCUCAGAACGGGAGAACCCAACGGGCAGCAGCUUAAUUUCGCUCUCGCAGCCAUCGCUUUCUAUAGCAGCAAAGAAAAACUGCUCUCUCAAGCAAAUGCUCUCGAUGAUCUUCCCUUGCUUCAUCCCCCAAAGCGUGAGAGAGAGCGCACACUUCUCAACCCCCGACAGAGUGAGAGCGAAAUUGCGUGCGCGUUCCCUGGGUAGUAGUGGCGUGCGUUCUCUUGCACCACCGCCAGAAACGACGCAUCUCCCGUGGGAAACGGAUCGUUCGAUCAUUCAGUGUGUGCUGGCGAGGCGCGCGCCCGCUCGUAUGUGUGUUUGCCCUGUAGAUUUUUGUUGUUGUGGCGGGCCUGAGCCGGGUGUGUUACGAGUGUGUGUCUCUCACUCGCCGGCCUGUGUGUCUGUGUGUGUGUGGGUAUGUUUCCGUGGAGAGUUGGCGUGAAGCAAACAACGGGUCGCGGAGCGGAAAUAUCGUGACGUUAUCGGUUCAGUUCUUAGCGCGAGUAUGUUCUCUGACAGCAGCAAAGUUACGUCAGUGAAAUUAGUGUGUGUGUGUGUGUGUGUGUGAGUGUUUGUGAGUGAUUGUGAGUGUGAAGUGUAGGCCUUUUUGGAGUGAAUAUUCAAGCUAGCACCCCGAUUGCCAAACUCAGCCACAACGGCAACGGAAGUUGAUGCUGCGUGCCGUAACGAUUUGCGUAUGCGAUCAUACGCUCCCGUUUUGCGUGUGUGUGAUUUGUGUUUGAUGGUGGUUGGUGAUUGUGAGUAACACACACACAGAUACAUGUGAAAAAAGUGCAUAGAAAACAAGGCCCAGAAGGUUGACAAAAAUCGCAAAAAAGUGUUUGCUGUGAAAAAGAAGUGAAGCUGUGUUGUGAAAGCUCCAUGUGUGUGCAAGUGUAAAAUUGUGUAAGUGGCUGUUGUGUGUAUGGAAAAUGAAAUGCUAAUCAUCCCGUGUACGUCCUAUGUGUGUGGCAUUUAUUCUCCGCUGCUUUGCCGUGAGUUCAUUCAGUUGUGUGUAGGAGAGUGUGCGAAAAAAGAGUAAUUUUCGGCGUGCAAAGUGGUCCAAAAAAAAAGCAAGGUGAAAGAAGUAGCAAACAGCAGGGAAGAAAAUAAUAGGUCAGCAAAUUAGCAAAAAGUGCCACGUAUUAUCACCAGCAUCGGCGUUGAACCCAGGUUCGGGUCCAGUGUAUCAACGAUCAGCGCAAAUUGUUCGCUUCCUUCGUUGUAAAAGGAACGUCUGUUUUGUUUUGCUAAUUGGGAAGAAGCUCCCUCCCCCCAUAGAAGUGGAGAUGAGCUAGUUCCAGCGAGGGGAAGAUAGUUCAUUGAUCGCAACCAAACGGGAGGCGAAAAUUCGGAAAACAAAAGUGCAAUACCAUUCCUCAAGUCCAUCAGUGAGAACGCAUUCUCGCUUUCGGUGGUCCGUCUGCAGUGAGAGAAAAAGAGCAAAAUAAAUCUCACUCCCCUCCCGACACGAUCACGAUCGUGCUGCAGAGUGGCGUGAACAACCUCCUUCCUCCCCUACCCAUCUCCGUGCAACCGGCGCCGGCAUCUUUCACACCCCACAGGACGACGAUUUCACGUUCAAGGCGAAGCGCGCGAAACUAUUCUCAGUUCGGCCUUCGAACACAUGCCGGUGUUCGAAAUCGGUUGGAGUCGCGCUGAUCGGCCCCAUUCGAGGGGGCCAUGACGCGUUGGCCCGUCCUACUGCUUGCACUGCUCUCGGUGGCGUUCGGUCAUGUGCCGGCCGCGGUCGCCCUAGUGCCCGGCCCGAAUGGCAUCGGUGGCGGCAGUCUCACGCCGAGCGGUUCCGGCGGUGGUACCGGGAGUUCGAGCGCGCCCGAAGCGUCUGCCUCGGCCGCCCUUCCCUUCUAUCAUGAUCCGUAUCAACCUCAGUCACUGCUGCUGCAGCAUCAAUCAACGAACCAGCAGCACCAGCAGCAACAGCAGCAGCAGCAGUCGCAGCCGCCGCAACAGCAGCAGACCCACUCAUCCGGCUCGUACAUUACGAAGAUGCCGGAGAACUCGCCGCACCAGAAGUUCCGCAACAAUCGGACGGUGCUGACCCUCGGCUAUCUGACCGCGGUCAAGGGUGAUCUGAUCGAGAAGCAGGGCCUCACCAUCUCGGGCGCGCUCACGAUGGCGCUGGACGAGAUCAACAACGAUCCGGAGCUGCUGCCGAACGUGACGCUCGCGCUACGGUGGAACGAUACGCGCGGCGAAACCGUCGUCGCGACACGUGUCAUCACCGAGAUGAUCUGCGACGGGGUGGCGGCAUUCUUCGGCCCGGAAGGUACCUGCCAGACCGAGGCGAUCGUUUCGCAGAGCCGCGACAUACCAAUGAUCUCGUAUAGAUGUUCCGAGCUGCAGCGUAGCUCACCAAUUCCUACCUUCGCCCGCACCGAGCCACCCGAUACUCAGGUUACCAAAUCCAUCAUCUCGCUGCUGACGUACUACGGCUGGCGGAAGUUUUCGAUCAUCCACGAGCAGCUGUGGAAGAACGUGGCCACCUCGCUGGAAACGCAGGCCAAAAACAACAACCUGUCCGUCAACCACGUCGAGAUGGUGUUCGACAACUACAAGUGCUGCCAGGACGAUAUGGACUGCUGCCGUAGUGGAUAUUGGUACACGGUCAUACAGAAAACGAUGAACAGGACGCGCAUCUACGUGUUUCUCGGGAACAGCAACCAGCUCGUUGACAUGAUGGCCACCAUGGACGGGAUGCAGCUGUUUGCGAAGGGCGAAUACCUGGUCAUAUCCGCCGACAUGAUGACUUAUUCGCCGAAACUGUCGAACAAGUAUCUGUGGCGCGUCGAGAAGCCACCGAACGUGAAGAACUGCAUGGACCUGCCGGGGGACUUUGAGCGGCGCAGCAAGAGCUUGCUGGUGGUCGUCGCCUCCGAACCGCUGCCCACGUUCGAAGCGUUCACGCACAAGGUGCGCGAGUACACGCAGAAGGAGCCGUUCUUCUUCAAGCAGCCGUCGCUCUUUCAUCAGUUCGUAAAGUACGUGUCGAUCUAUGCCGCCUAUCUGUACGAUUCGGUGAAGCUGUACGCCUGGGCCCUGGACAAGCUGCUGAAGGAGGAGCAGCAGCACCGGCCGCUGACGAGCGACGUGAUCCGGGACGUGGCCAGCAACGGUACCAAGAUCAUACAAACCAUCAUCAACAACCGAACGUACCACAGCGUUGCCGGUGCGACGAUUAAAAUCGACGACUACGGCGACUCGGAGGGUAACUUUUCGGUGCUCGCCCUCAAGCGGGAGUUCUACGAGGAGGCGAACUUUUCCUGCGAGUUCCAGAUGCGGCCGGUCGCGCACUUCCAGAUGCGGCAACCGCAGCACCUCAACGACACGAACCAGCACCGAAACGAUGAAAUUCCAGAGUUUAAGCUGUCCAAGGUGGGCAACGCGAUCGACUGGCCCGGGUCGGACCGGCCGAUGGACGAGCCGUCGUGCGGUUUCAUGAACGAGCACUGCAUGAAAGACGACACCCACAUCAUGUCGAUGGUGGUGGCGGGCGUCCUGGCCCUCAUCCUGUUCUGUGCCGGCGUCAUCACGAUGAGCAUCUAUCGCAAGUGGAAAAUCGAGCUCGAAAUCGAGGGCCUGCUGUGGAAGAUCGAUCCGGGCGACAUCAAGGGCUACUUCAACACGGAAAUCGUAUCCUCGCCGAGCAAGCUCAGCCUGGCCAGUGCCCAGUCGUUCGGGUCGCGGUGCUCGAACCAGGUGUUCACGCCGACCGCCCGCUUCCGCAGCGUGGUGGUGCGCAUCAAGGAGCUAAAGUUUUCCCGCCGCAAGGACAUCUCGCGCGAAAUCAUGAAGGAGAUGCGGCUGCUGCGCGACCUGCGGCACGAUAACAUCAAUAGCUUCAUCGGGGCUUGCGUGGAGCCGAUGCGGAUAUUACUAGUCACUGAUUAUUGUGCCAAGGGAAGCCUGUACGAUAUCAUCGAGAACGAGGAUAUCAAGCUAGAUGAUUUAUUUAUUGCAUCACUGGUGCAUGAUUUAAUUAAGGCAAUGAUCUACAUUCACAGUUCAGCUUUAAACUAUCACGGUAACUUGAAAUCGUCGAACUGCGUCGUGACGUCGCGCUGGAUGCUGCAGGUGACGGACUUUGGUCUGCACGAUCUGCGCCACUGUGCGGAGAACGAGUCGAUCGGCGAACAUCAGCACUACCGAAAUCUGUUUUGGAAGUCACCGGAGCUGCUUCGCCAACCAAGCGUGUACGGCACGCAAAAGGGAGAUGUGUACGCGUUCGCGAUCAUCCUGUUCGAAAUCAUUGGCCGGCGGGGCCCGUUCGGGUACACCGAGCUCGAGCCGAAGGAGAUCAUCGAUCGGGUGAAGGCGCUGCCCGAACCGGGCAAGGAUCCGUUCCGGCCCGACAUCGAGAGCGUGAUCGAGAACGAAAAUGUGUCCGACUAUGUGAUCAACUGCAUACGCGACUGCUGGGACGAGAAUGCAGACCUGCGGCCAGAUUUUCCCAACAUUAGGAAUCGAUUGAAGCGUAUGCGCGGCGGCAAAUCGAAAAACAUCAUGGACCAGAUGAUGGAGAUGAUGGAGAAGUACGCGAACAAUCUCGAGGAGAUCGUGCAGGACCGGACGCGCCUGCUCUGCGAGGAGAAGCGCAAGACGGAGGAUCUGCUGCACCGGAUGCUGCCCCAGCCGGUGGCGGAGAAGCUGACCAAAGGGCUCGGCGUCGAGCCGGUAUCGUACGACUCGGUGACGAUCUACUUCAGCGACAUUGUUGGUUUUACAGCGAUGUCGGCAGAGAGUACGCCGCUGCAGGUCGUCAACUUCCUGAACGAUCUGUACACGGUGUUCGAUCGCAUCAUCAAGGGGUACGACGUGUACAAGGUGGAAACGAUCGGCGAUGCGUACAUGGUGGUGUCUGGGUUGCCAAUAACGAACGGGAACCGGCAUGUCGGUGAGAUCGCCUCGAUGGCACUGGAGCUGCUGCAGGCCGUCCGGAGCCACCGGAUCGCUCACCGGCCGAACGAAACGCUGAAGCUGCGCAUCGGCAUACAUACGGGGCCGGUGGUGGCGGGCGUAGUCGGGUUGACCAUGCCCCGGUACUGUCUGUUCGGCGACACUGUCAAUACGGCCUCGCGCAUGGAGUCGAACGGGGAGGCGCUGAAGAUUCACAUCUCCCAGCAGUGCAAGGACGCGCUGGACACGCUCGGUGGGUACGUGAUUGUGGAGCGUGGUCUGAUUGCGAUGAAGGGCAAGGGCGAGGUGAUGACGUACUGGCUGGAGGCGGCCACCGAGCAAGCGAUCCAGAAGAUCCCGGUCGAUGUGCGCGAUCUGCCACCGCCACUGUUCUGUCGGCCGCGUCGCAGCCCCAAGAUGACGUACGAUUCGCGCCAUCCGAGCAUUAUCGGGCUGCCGGGCGGUGGUAUGAUCACGACGGUGAGCGGCAUGGGCAGCUACAUGCCGGGCAGCAGGCGCCAGUCCUGUGCGCAUCGGGUCGGUGGAGGGGCGGACCACGAAAGCAGCUACAGCCUGCAGGGCUCGAUGUUUGGCCCGAUGGUGCCGAUGAUGCGGGCUGAUUCAUCGCCGCCGCCCCGCCAUCGACUCGAUGCGGUCUAUCGCGAGGGUUCGAUCGCACUGAUGGACGACGGGGAGGAUGGUUACUCGCAGUGUACGCUCGACCAGCGACCGAUGGGACCGACGGCCCCCACCGUCACCACGCUCGGGAGUAAAAUCGCUUCGAGCGACAACCUGAAGCGCGCGCUGUUCGGCACAAACAGCCCUGGCCGACGGUUGAGCCACAAGCUGCGCUCGAUCACGUCCGCGGACGAUUACAAGCAGCUGUGCAGCAGUAUGGCCGCCAAUGGGGGCCGAUCGCCCGAGGCGGCGCUACUUCGCGAGAGCCGCUCGCUCGAUCCCUUUCCCGUGACGCUCGAGCCGCGCCGCAAACGGUUGGACGCGCUGACCAAGCGGGUGCCCCGGCUGGCGAAAACGAUCGCCGCACCGUCCCGCACCGGCUCACAGUCAUUCGUGUCAGUGCCGCCCGCCGUCUCCACCAUCAGCCACGAAUCGAUCGCCGACAGCACGGUGCGACUGGAGGACGAUCAGCACCUGCAACGGUUGAGUGGGUCGGGCCAUGGCAACGCCAAACCGCCCAACAGUCACGGCGAGACACAGCACCACCACCAUCACCACCACCACCACCACAAGUAUCUGCACAACAACAACUGCAACGGGUCGAUCGGAAAUGGGGCGGCGGAAGAGCAGGCGACUUGUCCGCUGCUGACGCGACAAACCUCACUCACCACGCCGCAGGAGCACGAGCACCACUGCCCGGGGCUGUACACGAACAACAGCAGCAGCAAGCGGUGGUACUCGCUCGAGCACGUCGGCGUGCCGGACGAGGACAGCUGCAGCAAGAAGUCGCUCACGCGCAGCUCGCUCAAAUCCUGGCUGGUUGGGUUCAUACACGGGAACGGCUUCAAGUCGAGCGACAGCUCCCUGCGCAAGGUGGGCGUCCUGCCGGUCGGUGUCGGCGGUGUGACCGGGUUCGGGGAGCUACAGCCAACGCCCGAGAAGGAGAGCAUGGUUUGAGGCGCGUUCCACUGCACUUUGAUUCCAUCCCGCUAGUGAGAGAGAGGGAGAGUGAGAGAUAGAGAGAAAGAGAGAGAGGGGCACACACAAGUACGUUGUAGAAACUGGCUUACCAAAACAAACAGACGGGAGUGGGGCAAUUUUACGGGGCAGUUACGUAUCGUUAGAGCGGGCGGGAUAAGGGGGGGGGGGUUAUUUUAUGUUUUAAAAGUUUUAAUUUUGUUUUUUUGCGAGUGUAUGUGUGUGCGAGUAAGAGCGUUUUUUUGUAAUUAAUUUCCUCAUGUAUUUUGUAGCCUGAUUGUAAUCUGAGUGCCAUCUGCGUUUUGCAAAACAAAACAAAAAAGCGAAACAAGUGUAAUAAGCAUAAAACAGAUAGACCUGUGCUGUGUGCGCGUGUGAGUGUGUGUGUGUAUGGAAAGGAAGAACCCGUUCUAAUUGUAAAAAGGACGACUGUGUGUGUGUGUGAGAAGGGAUUAUGGUAACUCACCCUUGAGGACUUGUUCCACUUUCUUGUUUGCUGUAUUUUCCACUUUUUAAUGUGGCUUGCCCAUGGCACACUGUGUGCUGAGCAGGGCACUACUGAGAUGGGGAGAAACGUUCUCAGCUACGUGCGCCUGCCCCACGAUUUCAAUCUAGGCAGCACAGAACGGCAAUGAUUGAAUAAACAAGAGAGGGAAAUGUGUAAUGGGGAAGUGAUUUCAUAGAAGAAAACCCGUAAAAGGAUGAAUGGGGAAAAGAUAGAACGUAAUGUUGUUUGUGUGAAUACGUAAAAGAAAGAAGUGAAAAAGAAAGAAUCGCUAAUUGAAAAGCAAACAAAAGGAAGGGAAAACAAAAGAAAAAGAGAGAAGAGAAAGGAACACAGAGAGAGAAAGAGAGAAAAACACAACUAGGCUGUGAAAAUAGAAGUUAAUCAAUUAAGAAUGUUUGUCAUUUGUCUUUCUGCCUCCGAUUGUUUUGGGGCGAGAGGCGGGCUGGUGUCCUGACUCCCUCUCUCCACUUCUUCAUUUCGGUGGCCAUUUAGGGUAUGUGUGUGUGUGUGUUUAUGUACGGGCGAAUGAAUGUGAAAAAAGCAUUCUUAGUGUUCGGUGUGCUUUAUAAUUCGAUCGGAGGGACAUUUAACGUAAAGCUGUGUCCAAAGUCCCCUCUCACCCUUCCCUAAAGAGGAGGUUAGAAAGUCAGGGAAGUGACAUCAUCCACAUUACUCGUGUAUGUUGAUGAUAUUGUUGUUGUUCUUGUUGUUUGGGGUGAGAGUAAUGCGUGAAAAAAGGCUAUAGAAGCUGAUUACCGCCAUCACCGAUUACUCCUCUUGUACUCUGUACCCCCGCCCCCCCUCCCCACCCAUAAUCGGUAUCUCUGUACGUGAAUGUAUGUGACUGAGUGUCUGUGUCAGUGUAUGUUUGUAUGUAUGUUGGUUGUUAUUUCCGCAGACCGUUCGCAACAACCGCGCACCACAGCACAGCACAGCCGUUCGUUCGUUCGGUGUUUUAUUUUUGUGCAAAAUGUACUUUAAACAAACAGUGUAACAGUGUAGGGCGAUUUUUUGCAUAAGAAGAAGAAGAAGAAGAAGAAGAGGAAAAACACACGCAGACACACACAUACAAAAGUAAAAUAAAAUAGCAAGGGAAAAAGGAUUGCGCACGCACACAGUCAAAUACGCAGUGGGGAAACAAUUGAACGUGAGCUUAACGUUAUGUAUGUAUGUAUGUAUGUAUGUAUGUAUGUAUGUAUGUAUGUAUGUACGUGUAUGUGUGAUUAUUUGUUUACAAUACUUCUACUCGCUAGGUUAACCGCAGUGCAAAGUGCUCUGUGCGCUUAAAGGCAUAUCCCUCUGUGUCUGUGUGUGUCUGGGUGUGUGUGAUUGCGAAUGUAUUUGUAUCAUAGCAACGGGUUUUUAACCAUAAAGCGCACGAUAAAGUUACCGUACAAUUAGCGAAGCAGAAUAAUGUAGUGUGUGUGUGUGGCUUUUCAGCUCUUGUAAUCAAUUUUACAACGAAAGUGCACAAACACACAAAAAAGUGCAACAAAAUGUAUAUGUUAUGAAGAAAAAAACAAAACACCCACAACACACAUUAAACUGUAAAUUGACGUUUGUAGCGAUAAUGAUUGCCUUGUGCGGCAUGAAUCUCAGUACAGUCACACCUAUCAUUAACUGAAAAUGGGAAAAAGUUCAGGCGUGCCUGUAUGUGCAGUGUGCUGCUGUGUUAUGUAUGUGUGUGUGUUUGAAAGAAAUAUGUGAACAUAUAUUUACAACUUUAUGAACCAUUAAGAGAAGACAACAAAAAAUGAAAUGAAAACAAAACAAAACCCAUUUCAGGAAGGAAUUGUUAAGAAUUAAACAAACAAAAAUGCUGUGUGUGUGUUAUCUUAGAAAAGAUAUUUGGAGAAGUUAAAAAGAAUCACUGAAUGUCGUAUGUUAAGGCCCACAAAACAGCACACAGCAAAUGAAGGAAAAAAGGAAGAGAAGAAACAAAUAGAGGAGAAAACAUAAGUGAAAUAUUCAACCAAAACCGACCCGCCUAUGGGACGAGCAGUGCAGAGCAGCAAAGAGGCAAAGCAAACAAAGCGUACAUGUGUAUGUGUGUGUGGCUGUUAGGCACACACACACACACACACGCGGAAGUUCAUUAGUAGGAGGUCAUUUGUUUAUUUCUUUUAGUCUAAACAUAACGGGUUUUAAAGCUAUCAAAUCAUUCACUGUAUAGAAAGCGUAGUACGUAUAUAGAAGAUAGAUAUGUAUAUGUAAAGAGAGAGAGAGAGAGAGAUAGGAAGAGAGAGAGAAAGAAAAUACACACAAAACUAUGAUGCACGUUAAACGAGUGCUCCCGGUAUGGCGCGCUGGGGAGGGGUAGUGUGAUAGUGUGAUAAGAAGAUAGAAAGCAUUCUUUUCCAGCACAAACUCUACCUUGCCUAGAUACUCGGGACAAAAUAAUGAGGAAUGUAUAUUUAUUGAAAAUAAUAAAAAAAAAACAAGAUACUACAAAACACAGA